CAAAUGAAAUCACUGGUUCCAUCGUCGUUCAAUCUUUUCGCCGAAUUUGUUUCUUGAUAAUGGAGACGUGAGAUGCAAUGUGUGAUGGCCAUGGAAAUAUAUAUAAUGCGCUUGCGGAAUGAGUUCUCGUGGGUUGUAGUUUUCCCACAGCAGAAAUUUCGAUAUAAGUUGAAGAUUUACCUGGGAGUUUGAGCAAAACCCGACUUGCGUUGAAAAAUCAGUCCAGGCGGAGGAUAGUCGUUGAAGUUUUGCGACGAUAAUAAGAUUGAGAUUUCGCCAUGGUUAUCUUUGGGCAUAAUACCACUUCUGAGGAGGUAGCGGCGCUUUUUGCGGAUCAGGUUAAAGGGAAGAUAGUCCUGAUCACUGGCGCAUCUCCCGGUGGCCUCGGCGCACAAACAGCAAUUGCACUAUCUCGGAGUCAGCCAAAGCUUCUUAUCAUCGCCGGCCGCGACAUUUCCAAGCUCUUGGAGACCGAGAAGCAGAUCAAAGCCGCAUCAGCAGACACCGCCGUUCGACCCCUGGUAUUGGAUCUGAGCUCUCUCAAGCAAGUGAGAAAAGCUGCUGCCGAGGUCAAUGGUUAUCCUGAAUCUAUCGAUGUAUUGAUCAACAAUGCUGGCAUUAUGGCAAGUCCUUUUAGCUUGACCGAGGACGGUUUUGAGAGUCAAUUUGGAGUCAACCACCUUGGACAUUUCCUGUUUACGAAUCUUAUCAUGCCGAAGAUUUUGGCGGCAGGACCCGGAGCGAGAAUAGUAAAUAUUAGCAGCCGGGGACAUCAGUUUGAGGGCAUUCGAUUUGACGACUACAAUUUUGAAAAUGGCAGGGAUUACAACAAGUGGAAGGGAUACGGCCAGUCAAAGACAGCCAAUAUUCUAUUUUCCCUUGCGUUGGCUGAGAAGCUGAAGAGCAAAGGCCUGCUGGCUUACAGUGUAUAUCCCGGCGGAAUCGCGACGAAUCUUGCGAGGCAUCUUACCCCUGAAGAUGUCAAGGCAUUAGGAUGGUGGGAUGAGAACGGAAAGGCAGUCGAUAAUGACCUGUUCAAAUGGAAGACGGUCUCUCAGGGAGCUUCCACUCAGAUUGUUGCGGCUUUCAGUCCAGAUAUUGUCGAUCAAAACGGUGCAUACCUUAAAGACUGUAACGUGGACAUGGAGGCGGUGGCACCGUACGCUAAAGAUACAGCUCUGGCAAUGAAAUUGUGGACACUGAGCGAAGACUUGGUCGGCGAGAAGUUUAAUUUUUAAAGGGUAAUUGAUGGAAGCGAUAGUUUGAAAGCAAGGCAGCCAAUGAUUACACGCUGAUGAGCAUUGUACCUCCUGCCAAUGCUAUAUAUCGUGAUAUAAUUUCCUGUAUAUAGAGUGAGAGGAGACAUCUAUUUUAUAAGGCGAGAAAACCCAAAGAUCGGAAAAUUUGUCAACUACAGCAUGUUCUGUCGCACAGAGAUUACUCUGGCCCGGUGAGGGAAUUGAGAACCCACAGUUGCAGUGGGGUAUUACAAAAUCGCAUUACCUGUGAGGGA